UGGUAGGCCCGUUGGUGUUCAAGUCAGGUCACUGAGGUCAGUGAUGGACAUAAUCAUUGAAAUUUGUAGCCAAUCCACAAAUUUGUAGCCAAUCUUUAGUCGGAUGAAAAUGAUGUUGCUGAUAAGCGGACCUUUCGUACUGAAGACCCUGAUACUAAGUUCAUCAAUUGGCAUCUCUCUGGCUCGUUCCAGCAGCGACUUGGUCCAUUCUGUACCCUCCAGUUCUGGCUCAAAGUAUGUGCCUGACCUGGACAAAUCCGAUUUCUCGACAGCAGAGCGCAGUGCAGCCUCGAAGUCGGAGGAUGUGCGAAAUUCUCGCAAGUUGAAAGCCAAGGCGCCCAGCUCAUUUCGCACCAGCGACGAACAGACCAUGCAGGAUCGGAUUCAAAGCCAGACGCUGGCCGAGCUCCUGGGUAUGCAUGACGUAUUUCAGUCGAACAAGAUGGGCAGCCCCAGUAUGAAGGAUACUAGUAUACACCAGCUGGAUCCAGCAUCGCGAAUCGCAUCAAUUCAGCAUCUGGGCUCACCGUUACAUAGUAGGGAGCAAUUCACUCAGCUGAGAAACAAACGCAGCUCUCUCUCGUCCAAGAAUCAGCGUCUCCUGAAAGAUGGCGGUAAUGAUCCGGGAAAGAACAAAUUUAAUAAGUUACCGUCUCUAAUCGAACCACACAUAUCGGAGCAAGCCUCCAAAGGUGGCGUUCUCGGCCGGGCGUUGCCAGAUUCGGCCUUUUUCCGACCUCUCCUGCUUCCCAGCGUCGUUCAACGAAGAGACAGCGAAUUCACACUGGAGUAUCCGGUGUUGGAGCUACUGGCUCUGGACUCUGGCAAAGACGGUGACCCACAUCGUAUCUUUCGCUACUCGUACGACGCAUCACAGAACGACGGACAGACGUGGUGGAUACACCGAGCGCUGCAUCUUGAGCAGCUUCCAACCGGGUGUCUGGACACGAGCACAAUGCGUCCUGUUCUGGCGUUCAGUCAAGCACUCCAGCGGGCGUACCUAUUCGCGUUUGGCAUCCACCCGAAUUGCUCUCUGCUGCAAAGUUGGAAGUUGGGAGAAGAUCACUUCGACAUCGUCAAUGCUUUGGGCAGUGAGAAAGUGCCGCGUCAGUUUCAAAGUCUGCUGGCAGUGGACUCGAAUGUGACGAACAGCACUGACGUGCUAGUGUUUGGCGGUAGGAGCAAAUGUGAUAGGUACUCCGUGUCUUCACGCUUGUGUUCUGAUGGAUGGGCGUAUUCUGAUCAAGUGUGGAGACUGCGCCUCCUCCAUAAUGCCACAAAAGAUGAGCAGGAACUCCCAGUAUGGCAAUGCCUAUAUCCAGGAUUGUUGGCGAACGCACAUCAACGAGCAGUCGCCAUCCCGCCUAGUAGACUAUCUCCAUUAGUGACGGCGAUCAAUGAGACGUUUGUGUUGAUGCACGGUGGAAUUACUCGCCACGACACAGGCUACGCUCCGAUCUGCGACUUGUGGAGCUUUGACAUCGCAACUGGACAUUGGACAGCACUGCCGGAACCCACAACACUCUGUGCGAGACGCUGGUGUGUUAAUAACACUAUGUGUGCUCCUUUACGUCCACUGGGGAGCUACGACGUCCACCAGCAGCGCCUGAUUGUCGUUCGCGAGAGGAUUGCGAUUAUUGCUGGUUUUUCAGCAAUCCUGGAAGGACUGGACGUUUGGGUAUAUGAUGUGAAACUCCAGUGUUGGACAUUCCAAGGCUCUACCGUGCAUACCGGUCAGACAGUAGCCAGACUGUCAUUUACAGCUACCGUUGGAGAUCUUCCUCAAAGGGAAGUCAUCGUGCACGAUGGUCGUGUCUUACUCACUGAUGUCCAGGACAUGCAGACCGAAGAGCUCCUAUUUUCUGUGCUGCCAGCAUGCCCAAACAGCAGUGGCAACACAACCUCAACAAGGGAUGCUGCCGUUGCCAUCCUGCCGCUUACUGCCCGUGAGGACAAGAUCUUCCAGUUUGGCGCGGCCAUCAGGUGCUUGUCACCGGCCCCUGUCCUGGCCGCCUUUGACGCAGAGAAGCCAGGAGGAUCAGUGGCAACGGAGGCCUUGGUGUUUCUCGGUGGCGUGUGCUAUAGUACGAAUCGUGAUGAUUGGCAGUCAAGAGUCCCAUUGCACAGUACCCUUCCCAUCUGGUUCUAUCUGCCGGGUAUGGACGGAUAUUUGAAGAAAAGUAUACACCAGCACGGACCAGUGCCCUCGUUUCCACUUCUUAUAAUGCAGAGCGCUGUGAAGUUGUUUUCAAGCAACAUCAGCAAGGCUGUGAUGAUGGGCGGUAUGUCACCAACUGGGCCAUUGCAGGACGGGACGCCUUCCGGUGUCUGGUGCUUUGACCUACACAGAUACUACUGGCAAAAAGCAGUCAUUGAGAAUAUGCAUGAGGCACCCGUAGUCGACGAAGGAAUGGUUUUAGGACAGUCAGUGCACAGUGUUGCUGAGGCCGACAUGCCCAUCCUGGUUGCCUAUGGAGGAGGAGCGGCCGACUUACGCCACACUCCACUAUCUGGAAUCACCGCCAUGGCUACGGCAAACAUCAGCGCGUUGAUCUUCAGCAACCUGUCUGCAUGUCAUUGCCGCUGGCAACGGCUGAGCGCCGGCCGGCGCGGUCUUCCUAAGAAUUUUGGACAUGCCGUCACAGUUACGCCCAGCAAUGAAGUGUAUGUUUAUAGUGGAAUACCUAAUAUCCUUGCAAGAAAGGUAGCCCAUGAGUGCGGUCAUUUCUUUCGCCUCCAUCUACGCGGCCUUGGCACGGAUAAAGCCACAGCAUCGUGUACUGCAAUACACAGCACUACGUCGUCGCCGGCUCUACCUCUUACUAUUUGGCAUACUAUCAGCGUUCUGUCGGAGCAUGCCUUUCUGCUACUGGGUGGCAUAGAGAUACAGUCCAGUGCCAAUUGCUAUGAGUCUGACACGUGUACGGCAUAUUUCCUGCAGUUCACCGGCAGCGAUAGGCGUUCUGUUGACGUCAUUCCAUUCUUCAGGCAUAGUCCAGUCUCCUUUCACCAGAUCUACAAGGACUAUCUGUUCGGCGGUUAUUCGGGAAGUGGAAUCGACCUGCUGCAAACACUGAAGGAUAUUCCGGUGUCCUACAAAGGCUACAUGGCGGUAGCAUCUACCUACAUCGGCCGCCUGCGCGUGCAUCACACGUGUCCAGCGGGCCUGGGUAACGGUGGAAACGAGACAGAGAGGUGCACGCCGUGUGCGAACAAUUUCUACUCCGACUCGACCUCCGACAUCUGCCAACCAUGCCCGGCCUUUCAGCUUACGAACUUCACCGACAACCAAGAGUCGUGCUAUGUGCAGAAUCCGUGUGCCAAGGACCACUGUCACCGUGGCCAAUGCCGAGUGGUCAACGGAUCAGCCGUCUGCUCCUGCCCAGUAGGGUAUGUGGCAUAUGAUAACUGUCAGCUGCCGCUCAUCUUCAUUGCUGCUGGCUGUGGCGCGGCACUGGUCUUCCUCGUCGUCCUGCUCCUCACCAUCCAUGCCUGCAUGAAGAGAAAGAAAGAAUCCGAGAUGAAAGACAGGGAGCUGCAGGCGAUGGUGGAGCGGCUGAGCAAGAUCGAGAAACUCCUGCGUGAGUUAGCCCGUAGUCGCAUCAUACAACGCCACGAGCUCACUCUACUCCGGCGCUUAGCCAAGACAGAAACCUGUUUCAUCUGGCUGGCAAAGAUCUUCGACACCAAGGUCGUUGUCAAGCUGUUGCGCUACACCAAAAUGGCAGCAGGUAGGAAGGAGCAGUUCUAUGUGGAAGCUGAGGAGCUGCGACGUGUCCGACAUCAAAAUGUUGUCAUGUUCCUGGGUGCCGGCACAGAUCCCAAGACAAGCCAGCCAUUCCUUGUACUGGAGCAUGCUAGAAGGGGCUCGCUGCAUGACAUUCUGCAGAAUCCCAGCAUCGGCGUCACGCCAGAUGAUUCAUUGCGCUUUGCUCUGCAAGCGGCGUUGGGCAUGAAGUUCUUGCACGGACUGGAACCAGCCCGUGUCCACUGCAAUCUGAAAACGCCCAACCUGUUGGUGACGGAGAAAUGGGUGGUGAAAGUGGCUGACUUUGGCAUGAUGUGCCUCCUAUCCCGUGUUGAGGAACUAGACGCCGAAUCAAGUCAGAAUCACACUAAAGUAGACGCAGCUCCCGGUGCACUCUUUGCCAGCGAAGAAGAAGAGGAAGAAAGCGGUGAGAAUCGGCCACUACUGAAGGCGCCGAGCAUACAACGGGAGCGUCAACAGCCCGGCAGUGGCCGUGGGGUGGGACGCUACGUCGAAAGUGCUUGGAGUGCUCCCGAAACUCUGAGCGAGAGGAAAUUCAACUGUGCAACGGAUGUCUACAGCUUUGGCAUUGUCCUGUGGGAAAUCUUCAGUCGCCAGAUUCCAUUCCAGGACACGAAGGACUUCUGCGAGAUACGAGACCGUGUUAUUGCCGGCCACAGACCUGAUCUACCAGUGCGAAUGCCGUACGCCUAUCGCACUCUGGUGGAGAAAUGCUGGCAUGAAGAGGCGCUGGAGAGGCCGACUUUCGAGACCACCGUGACUGUUCUGGAAGCCAUGAUAAGGGAGAAGUCUCUCAUGGAGUAUUGAGGUAUCGCGGAUGAUUUUGGGAAAUUGCAUGAGCAGCACAUGGGCCAGCCAUUGUAUUUGCAUGCAAACUUGAAAGUGUAUUGCUUCUCUCUUUUGUAAUUUUCCCUCCAGGGUUCUCCAAAACUUAAAAACCUUUUGUUUGAUCCUCAGUUCGAAGUUGUGUGGUCAUUCAGUUAUUUUAUUUUUCACUUGAUGUAUAGUUGAUUAGUACACAUCACAAAAUCAAUGACGUACUCUUGCCAAUGCACCAUACAGUCAGUGGCAGUAGAACCCGUUCUCUAAGUA